UCGUCGAAGAGACAACCCUCGAAGCACGAGGGCAUUGGCCGAGAAGAGGGAAGGCGAGAGGCCUUCUGCGCUCAUCGAGGAUGCCGCCGCUUCCUCGUCGUCGGCGACGACGUGGAUGUACGCGCUUCUCGAGGGUGGAUUACUGGCGGACACCGGUGGUGUCAUGGGGGACGAUGUGGUGGUCGGCGAUGGCGCCCGCGUGAGCACCACCCCCCCGGCCCCCCGCCAGGCCCAAGAGAGCCAGGAGGAUCCACGCCGCCGAGGUUACCCGCCGCAACCCGCCGAGAUAGAAAGGUAUCGGGAGCAGAGGGAGGAGUUGGAGGAUCUGUUGUGCUUCCAAAGGGGGCCCGAGCAGGAGAUGGUCGCCCAGGAUAUGGCGCAGAGCUACGCUCACCUCCUCCACCAGCCCCCCAGCCGGGAACACCAGCAGGAGGAGUUCAUCUCGUUGGACGAGCUGCAGUCGAGGAUCCAUCAGGACAAUCGUGGCGGCGGCCACCAGGUCUCGGCCAUUUUGUCGGCGGCCGACCCGUACCAGCAACAACAGCAACAGGGGAGUUACUAUAGUCUUUCGGCUGUUCAAGAAAGUUCCUGUUCCACGGUUUACUUCGGCGACAUAGGUACGGGCUCGGGGGUGGGAGAAGUAACCGCCGCCUCGGCGGGGGGUGGCGAAGGUCUCAGCCUGACUCCAACCCCCGCCACCACCAGCAACACCGACGACACCACCACGACCACCGCCGCCACCCCCAGCACCACCACCACCACCAUUACCAUCGCCGCCACCACCACCACCGCCGCCACCACCACCGCCACCGCCGCCAACCACACCACCCCGCGGAUCGUGACGGGGGCUGAACCGCCCCAGCACAUGGAGACACCCUCGACGAUGGUCCCCGACCAGGCACCCGCCCCCGGCCAUCACUACCACCGCGAUCACAACCACCACCACCACCACCACCACCACCACCACCACCACAACCAUCAUCAUCAUCAUCAUCAACGGAGCGCGUCCACCACCCCCACCCACGGACCGCCCAACGCGGACACCUCGGACGAGUUCGUCGCCGUUUCAAGGAAGCGGAAACUGUCGUGCCACGACGGUAGUGAUUUAUUGGACGACGCGGGAGACGAUGCCAAAUCAGUUCGCACAAACGACGACAGUAAAAAACAAAAUCACAGCGAGAUCGAGAAAAGGAGGAGGGACAAAAUGAACACGUACAUAACCGAGCUUUCCGCAAUGGUUCCCAUGUGCCACGCCAUGUCCCGCAAACUCGACAAGCUGACCGUGCUCAGGAUGGCUGUCCAACACUUGAAGACCAUCCUGGGCGCCGUCACCUCGUACACGGAGGGCCACUACAAGCCGGCGUUCCUCAGCGACCAAGAGCUCAAAACGCUCAUACUUCAAGCUGCGGAGGGUUUUGUCUUCGUGGUGGGCUGUGAUCGUGGAAGAAUCCUUUACGUAUCCGAGUCUGUUUUACAGACACUCAACUAUUCUCAGGGUGACCUGUUGGGUCAAAGUUGGUUCGAUAUCCUGCAUCCAAAAGAUGUGGCCAAGGUAAAGGAACAAUUGUCCUCUUCGGAUCUUAGUCCACGUGAACGAUUGAUAGAUGCCAAAACAAUGUUACCUGUAAAAACCGAUGUGCCCCAAGGUGUAUCGAGAUUGUGUCCUGGUGCGCGGAGGUCUUUUUUCUGCAGAAUGAAGCGAAAAGUCGAAGGGAUACGUUGCGGGGAAUUGCAAGUGAAGGAGGAGUCCGAGUCUGCGAGUGGAUGUCAUCGACGAAAAAAACAACAAAACGUUGACUGGAAGUACUGUGUAAUUCAAUGCACUGGAUAUUUAAAGUCGUGGGCGCCCGCAAAAAUCGACCUCGAAGAACACGAAGGUGAUGGAGACGGGGAGGCUUGCAAUUUGUCGUGUUUGGUAGCUGUUGGUCGGUUGCAAUCCACGAUUCCGACAUCUUUACCUAAGAAGCCCCGUUUGAGAUCCAUCAAGUUCGUUUCGCGACAUGCGAUGGACGGUAAAUUCCUCUUCGUCGACCAAAGGGCCACGUUAGUGUUAGGUUUCCUGCCACAAGAGCUACUUGGGACGAGCAUGUACGAAUAUUAUCACCACGAUGAUAUCCCUCAUUUGGCGGAAUCUCAUAAGGCCGCUCUUCAAGCAUCUGAGAGUGUCACCACACAGAUAUACAGGUUUAGGACUAAAGGUGCAAGCUUUGUCAAGCUUCAAUCCGAGUGGAAAUCUUUCAGAAAUCCAUGGACCAAAGAUAUCGAGUACCUAAUAGCUAAGAACUCUGUCACUUCCAAUGACUCCCGAUCGAUCACAAGUAGUGGGAACAGAUCUGAGGAUUCCAGUGUUCAAGGCAAUUACGACUACUUUGCACAAAGUAACGGCGGAUUAGAAAGAUUGAUCUCGAGUCACGUAGAGGUAAGUAAAAUUGGACGACAAAUAGCUGAAGAAGUUCUGGAUCUUCAAAGACGCGGUGAGGAUUCUUCUUCCGGUAGCAGUCCUGGACCGGAAUCUGCUUUAUUAAAUACAGAGUCACAAAUCACUACAACUGCAUCGCCGGAGAGGGUGCAGGAUGUGGCACAGUCAACCAGAGGCAGCAACAACAGCAGCAGUAAUCCUACACCAACGUACAACCACAUUGCAAACAACUUGCAGCUGAACAGCAUCGCGAACGACCAAGGUCAUAGCUAUUACUGUCUCUAAGGAGUCGUUUUCUUGGAGCGUCACCAGACGAAGGACACGAAACUACUUUUUUAACUAAGGAUGUGAUGGAUAUGAUUGGUGGUACCACGAUUAACGAAUCGCCAAACCCAGUGCCAUCUGAUGGUAACGACGAGGCAGCAAUGGCAGUGAUAAUGAGCCUUCUAGAGGCAGAUGCAGGUUUAGGUGGUCCUGUGGACUUUUCUGGCUUACCUUGGCCACUUCCAUAGUACAUUUUAAUCCCUCUAUUCGUGUGAACUGAAAUUUCAAGUGUCGAAAAUAACUUAUGCCUAUAUGGAAGUUAGAAGUGUGUGUGUACAUAAUAGUAUCAAGUGUGUGGACCAAGUUGACGUUCUUUUGAUUUUUCUUGUUUUUGUUCCCUUUGUGCUUGAGUACUUGAUCAAUCUUCGAUUGUGUCUAUGUUCCAAUUUAAUGGAAAGUAGUGCACGAACGUCACCAUGAAUCGUUUUUCAUUUGUUUCGAAGCAGUUGAAAUAUUCUUGGUGCUGAGAUGGUGCUGCUUUAAGGAAUACAUAAAUCGUUGAACAUUUUAGUUUUAUAGACAUAUCAUUUCUGUGAUCAAAAAUGGAAUAUCAAACGUACAGAAUGAUUAAUAUAUACAUACGUAAAUUGAAAUGAACAUCUAUGUUCGUUUUUAUAGAAAGUAUAAAUAAAUUGAGACUGAUCCAAAAUUUUAUUUUUUGGUAGCAGUCGAUGAGAGGUGAAGCAUCGUAAAUAAUGAUGAUAAUUCAGAAUAAUUCGUAAAUAGAAUUAUAAUUCCCUCUGAAAAUGAAAUCAAUAUUUUUUUAAUAUCAGUCAACGGAUCGUUAAGUGAUUUCCUUUCAUAAUUUGUAAUUAAACGUAUGCUGUUUUACGUUUUUGUACAAAAUUAAAUACGAUUUAAAUAUUGUAAUAAAUUAAUUUUUAUCAUAAUAUCUUAGUCUGAUUUAUUACUAAUUAAAUAGUUGUUUAGAAAUGUCAAUUUCGAAUUUUCGCUCAAGAGUUUCGCGCGAUAAUAUUAGGUCUCCUACCUCAAUUUGUAUUUUAUUGUAAUGUAUCAAUCUACUUCCGCCUAUUUUUCAUCUUUAAUAAAGAAAAAAGAAAUACACAAAAUCAUUCGGUAAUUCUAGAUUUCAUCGAGACUAUGAAAAUAAUUAUUGUAAAAUUAAUCUACUUUAACAUCUUAAUAAUCAUAUAUCACCGUAUAAAUAAAUUCCAUAACAUUUUUUUAAAAUUCAUCGAUGAAAUUCUUUCAAUUUAUUCUUUAUACAUCUAUGAAAAAAAAAAUUACUACAAUGAAAUUUGCAAUAAAAUUAUCAUGAAUAUUUAUUUGAAAAAGAAUAUCUCAAAAUAUUUCAAAUAAUAUUUCACAUAGUUUCGAAGAUAUUUAGAAAAGAACGAAUACUAUACAUCGAUAAUUGCUUCAAAGAAACAAUUACAUAAAUAUUUAUAUGUAUAUAUUCAUUGCACACUGUCCGUUUCGUAAGGCGAGGAUUUAGGUUAACUGUACAUACAUGUAUUCGAGAUCUUUUUCACAGUAAUCUAUAUAAAUGUUUUGUCACUGGAUGCAAGUCAACGGAUCAUUUUACAAUUAUCGACCGCAUCGUAAAAAGUGUUUUAUUAAAUAAUUUCCGGCAAAUAUAUCGAAGAACGAACCAAGAGUGAGGAUCGAAGUUCCUGUUCGUUAUUUAGCGACAAAUUAUUGUUGCCUGUAAAUAUGUAUUCUUACAAAACACGUGAUAUAUGAUAUAUACCGUACCUAAUUAAAUUAUAAGAAACCAUAAAACAAUAUCAAAUA